AUAGGUAUAAAAAAAGAAAUAUAAACAAGUUGAUCAGUUACUGUUCGAAUUUGGUUGGUGAUCAAUAUGUACUUUCUAAAAUUCACGACGGCUCUUCUUCUUGUUACCUGCGUUUUCGGACGUCCGGUAUAUAAAGAAUGUACAAAGACAGAAAUAGAAUGUCGGAAAGAAAGAAUGAAGAAAUUCUUCACCGAACUGAGUGGAGGCAGUACUGAAUUUGGAGUAAAAUCAAUGGACCCUAUGAUCCUUGAUGAAGUGGAUGUACCCGAAGAAGCAUUAAACCUUAUAUUCCUUUAUAAAAAUCUUAAAGUGACUGGAUUAAAAGAUGUAGUUAUCGAAGACUUUUUGAAGGAGAAGGACACAGACAUAACCCAUAUGACUCUUAAAUACAACUACAUCGCUGACGGUUUACUGGAUGUUAAAUUCAAUAAGAAGGAUAAAGUCAUCACUGGCUCCAUCAACUACGAAGCUGGUAUAACUGGCACUAUAUCAUAUCCUUACUCAUCAAAAUCUGAAAAUGGCAAAGACGUGUCUGUGAUUGGCCAAGAGACUCUGACGUGUGAAACUAAUAAUGUAAAAUCUACACUUGGCGAAGAUUUUAGGAAACAACUUGAGGCUGACCCGGAUGCGCAAGCUGUUGAGGCGGAGUAUAACAAGAUCCAUACAGAACACCAAGCUAAGGUAGCCUGCGAGAUAGCUAAGGCUGCUUUCAAAGCUGUGGUGCAAAACCUCAGAAAUAUAUUGAAGAGUGAACAUUAACUGCCUUGUUAAAAAACUACAGUAACGAAUUUUGACAAACAACAUUUUUUUGCCAUUGCAACACCAUAUAGAAUUCCUAUUUGAUAAACUCAGAGUGUUGCCAGCCAACAGCGCCCUAUUUUAGUGCUACCAUUUAUUGUACUGCGUUUUGUCAAUGAUAAUAUCAAUACCUAUGUAUCAUAAAUAUUAUAUGUAAACAAAAAAAGUUUAUUUUAUUUUAAAAUCAGUACCUAUGUAUUAAUAUUUAUUACAAAAAUAUACACUGUAAAA